UGUGGGCAGCGUGCACUGCCAUCACUCAGUUGUGUCUGUAACUUGCCUUGUGUCAUACAUCUGCCGUCAUGACAGGGAGGACGACUUUGUUUUUGUGUGUGUUUGCGACGGUGGCCACUCUUACGGGUGUUAGAGCUGCCAUUGAUGUAAAGGCGUGGCUUGGCGAGGAACCCCUCACUCCCGAGAGAAUUUUGGAGGAAAUGGUCGAGUAUUUCUCUCAGAGGGAUCCCCAUGGCAUACCGGUGCUGAAAGUGCCAGAGCCGAUCGAAGCGCCAGACAGAGUGACAGCCUCCCAGAUCACGCUGUGGGACUUGAAGAUCUCGGGCCAUUCUGGACUUCGCCUCGAGUACAUCAAUGUCAACCUCACCACCUUCACGGGCGUGGUGCGCAUCAGCGUGCCAAAGAUCAACGUGUUGGGGCAGUAUGAGUGGCCCGGCUGGUGGUCCACGAGUGCCGGGAGUGCCAACAUCACCGUGACUGACAUCCAGGUGGCACUCAAUCUCCAGCUUGGCAUCAACACCAAGGGUCUGUUGAUAGUGGAUGGACUGCAGAUUACGCUGAAUUACGAGGACCUCAUCUUGGGAUUCGAAGGCCUCGCGGGCGAACACGCUCUCCUCGUCGGCGCCGCGGACACCUUCUUCAGCACGAUCAUCCAGCCGCUGAUCGUCGGCGGGCUCAAAAACAUAAACAUCAAAGGCCUAACAACCUUGCAUCGUACACAUGAAGUAUCCGCGCAGUUCAUUGACAACGCCCUCUUCGUCACCAUACAGAUCGGGACGCAGCAGCUGAAGGCCGGCGCUGAUUGGUCUAUUUCGGCUUCCCUGAUGCCCGCUGUGGGAGGCCAUCUUGACGUCGAAGUGGAGAGCCUGUCGGUAACUGUGAUGGCCAAGCAGCCGGCUGACAUCAGAAGUCCGCCCGUGCUGAGGGAGAUUGACAUCCAACUCGGUAAUUUGGCCGUGAGAUCGGUAGGCGAGAGCACAAUGGACUACCUCGUUGAACUGAUGGUCAACCUUCUACCCAACACAUUCAGGAAUAUUAUCAUGGACAAGAUUGAGCCCAAAAUCCACCAGGCAAUCCAGAAGCAGUUUAACGGCUUGGAUAUACACAGGAUCAUCUUAACCAAGCUAGCAGAGAGGAGACAAGCUGAAGCCAACGCAUCGCCUUAAGAACAUUUCGUGCUAGCCUUAAGUGGCACUUGAAGGCACCGUGACGCCAUGCGAUGCUGCUGCUCUUAGUCACUUAGUAAAAUUGUUAUGGUGAGGAAUGAUGGAAUAGUUAUAUUUUGUAUCACUUAUAUUUUUUUUCUCGAUUUGUUUUCUGUUUGAUAUUGGUGAGAUUUUAAGAAAAAAUGCUUUGUCAUUCUUUGAUGUUAUGGUGAUGGUCACGUGGUCAUUCUAAUAAAGAUUUUUUUUCUCUCUCUUAUUA